AUGUCAACAUCUGUCCGCCCCCAACCGCGGCGAGGAGCCUCAGGAGCAUGGAACAGACUGAAGCCCGGCCCCAGCGAUCCUCUGGAUGCAUACACAUUACCUUCGAAAGGCGAGACGAGACUCCAUGACUUCAAAACGCAAGAAUCCUACCACCAAAAAAUCGUCGAACGCUACAUGAAAUUCUGCGCCUCCUCCGGCGGACCCGACAAUGGCCUCGAAGAAGCCUUCAACUCCCUCUCCGUCAAAGACUCCACGACUACACCCUUCAUGCUCCCCUCAGACUCAUCCACAUCAACAACCCGGCCCCCUCUGACAACCCGCACCUCCACGACCCCGCGCCCCAACGACCUCCCCAACAUCCUCCUCGCCAUGCGCAAACUCCGCGAAGGAAUCUCCGCCUCCCGCCGGACGGACCACUUCGCCCAACGCGCCUACAUCUUCAUCAUCCACGCCACCAUCCUCUGCCGCGCCUGGGAAGCCUACCAACCAGCCCUCCACUACCUCCUCCACAAAAUCCACCCUGUGACCCCGCUCUCCGCCCCGGAAGUGCAGGAGUUCGCGGGGUACCGCGUCCUGGAUCUCGCGUGCCGACAGUACGAGAUGACGGAUGCGAUGCGGGUGCGCUUGGAAUUCCAGCUGCGGGAUCGGAGGCUCGGCGUGGUGUUGCACUCGCUUGUUCAUGAUGACUGGGUGCGGUUCUGGCGGGCGAAGAGGGCGGUGGAUGGGUAUCAGCGGGCGCUUCUGGAGUUUGCGAGUGAGAGGAUGAGGGUGCAUGCGUUGAAGUGUUUGGGGAGGAGUUAUUUGUCGGUGGAGAAGGGGUUUGUGGAGAGGAGCGGGGAUGCGGAGUGGAAGGAGUUGGUGGAGAAGGGGGUCGGGUGGAUGUUGAGGGAGGAUGGGGUGGUCGUGAUACGGAAACCCAAGGCCAAGACUUGA